AAAUAUUCAUAAUCUAUCUCCUUCAAACACUCAAUGUUUUCCAUAUAAUACCCAACAAAGAAACAAAAUUAAAGUCGUAAGGCCCUAAACCCACGAUAUUAAUCAUGUAAAUGUAAAGGAAAAGGCCCAUAUUUUGUUUAAACACUUCGAUUUUUGUUCCUCCCACUAUAAAAAUAUGAUCAGAUGCUUCUCUCCUCAUUCAUUCCUCUCUUCAGCAGUCAUUUUUCCUCUCGGAAGAAAUACCCUACAAUCGUCAGCGGUGUGUAAAGUUCAUUCCGUUUUAGUUUUUGGCAUCUGGGUUAGAGCUAGAAUUGCUGUUGGUGCAAGUUCAAUGGCAGGUUUGGUGUGUUCAAAAUCUGGAAUGGAGCAAGUGUUGCUUGAGAAUGAAGUGCAACAGGUUAAGUUGCUUGACUCUGUCAAUGAUGACUUUGGAGGUGUCAUUGUGGAAUUGAGCGAGGCUAUGGAUUUAAAGGUGUUUGCUUCAAUGCUUAAAGCUUCAAUUGCUUUAUGGAGAAGUCAGAGUAAGAGGGGUGUUUGGAUCAAAGUACCUAUUCAACUGGUCAAUCUUGUAGAAGCUGCUGUCAAGGAAGGGUUCUGGUUCCACCAUGCAGAGCCAAAAUACUUAAUGCUUGCUUUCUGGAUCCCUGAAGGUUCUCAUACUCUUCCAGCGAAUGCCUCUCACCGUGUGAGUAUUGGUGCAUUUGUCAUGAACAAAAAGAGAGAGGUGCUUGUGGUCCAAGAGAAAUGUGGCAUAUUUCGAGGGACAGGUAUAUGGAAGCUCCCUACUGGAGCUGUGGACGAGGGAGAAGACAUAUGUGCAGGUGCAAUAAGAGAAGUCAAAGAAGAGACAGCAAUUGAUACGGAAUUUGUGGAAGUACUAGCAUUCUGGCAAAGCCACAAAUCAUUCUUUGGGAAGUCAGAUUUAUUCUUUGUAUGCAUGUUACGACCCCUCUCCUUUGACAUCCAGAAGCAGGAGUCAGAAAUAGAGGAUGCUCAGUGGAUGCCAUGGGAUGAUUAUGUAGCGCAGCCAUUCGUCCAAAAGCAUGAACUUUCGAAGCAGUUAGUUGACAUAUGCAAAGCAAAAGAAGAUGAAACCUAUUUUGGGUUUUCUCCGGUGCCCAUCGCAUCAAAACUUCCAGAUCAGAAAAGCUUUCUGUACUUGAAUGAUCGAGACCUGGAAGGCAGUGAGGUCUGAAUGUCUCUCACAACUCAGAAAUAUACUAGGAAACAGCAUGGCCUGAAUGACCCUCAGAAUUAUACUAAGGAGAAGAUUCAAUAUCUGUAAUUUCAUUUAUUUUUAGAACAAACAAUAACGUUGUAAUUGUCAUGCAUUCUUUAGAAAAGAAAAGUAAUUUAGUGAUUGUAUUAGUGCAAUAUUUGAUCCAUUAGUUGUACACUGCUGCUCUACGGGCUGCCAUUAUCAAUUAGUAAAAUCCUUGUUCAUCAUCA